AAUGGGUUCGGAGGUUCUGUUCUGGAAUGUGGGAGUUUUGGGCCGAACUUCCGGUGUUUUCAGUGUUUUCUCGCGGUUGGGAGGAUCAUCUUUGGUUCUGCAGAGAGACGCGGGUUGCAGCAGCAGCAGCAGCAGCAGCAGCAGCAGAGAUGGUGGUGGAACUUUAUCUGGACCUUUUCUCGCAGCCAUGUCGCUCCGUCUUUAUUUUUGCGAAGAAAAACAACAUCCCCUUCGAGUUCAAGAAGGUUUCUCUGAUGGACGGUGAACAUUUUGGAGAUGAAUUUGGAAAAAUCAAGAUCAGGAAGGUUCCAGCACUUCGAGACGGAGACUUCUGCCUGGCUGAGAGCGUCGCCAUCAUGCUCUACCUGGCAGAGAAGUUCGGGACUCCGGACCGCUGGUACCCGGCCGACCUGCGGCUGCGCUGCCGGGUCAACGAGUUUCUGUCCUGGCAGCACAUGGCCAUCCGGAUGCACGGCUCCAAGAUGUUCUGGAUGCGGCUCAUGAUUCCUAAGAUCAUGGGGAUCGACGUCCCGAAGGACAAGAUGGACGGAGCGCUGGAGGACCUGAACGCCUCGCUGAACCUCAUUGAGGACAACUUCCUCCAGGACCGGCCCUUCAUCGUGGGGGACCAGAUGUCUCUGGCCGACCUGGUGGCCAUCGUGGAGGUCAUGCAGCCGCUGGGCGCCGGGGACGUGUUCGAGGGCCGAGCGAAGCUGAGCGCCUGGCGAGACCGAGUGCAGGCCGCCAUCGGGAAGGAUCUGUUCGACGAGGCCCACCAGGUCAUCCUGGGGGCUCAGGACGCCAUGAAGCAGGUGGAUCCCAGCAAACUGGAGCUUUUCAAGCCAAAGAUCCUCCGGCUGUUCUUCUGAAUCAAACCGACGUCGUGAUGAAGCCUCACCCUCUGCUCAACCUUUCCUCUAAUGAUCCUGCUUAUGUAAGGCUGGAGGCCUGGGAAACAAACGGACUGAUUAUGUAACCGAGGAGUGAAAUAU